AUGCACAUUAGUACACUUGUCGAAGGGAAAAUCCCAGUAAAAGCAUUAAUCGAUACAUCGUCGAGGUUUAAUACCAUUAGCAAGAGCUUGUUCGAUAAGCUUAAAGAAGAUUGCGGGUUGGGAUGUCUAUCUGGUGAUGAAUUGAUAGGUAGAGAAAUAAAAUGCUUAGAUUUACAGUUUCACUAUAAAGGAAAGUGGCGGAGCUUAGAUGGUACUGAAGUAAUAGACUUUCAAAUUCACAAAAACCCAUCGUUCGAUCUGGUAUUGGGACAAGAUUGGUUAUGGAUGCGCGAAGCAAAAAUUAGCUUUGGAUUUUCUCUGGGCACCUGUAAGCACUAUGCUAAAAUUGAGAUAGAUGGUAUGAGUAUCCCAUUAAUCAAAGAAGAUAGCAGGCCCUUUAGAGACGACUCUUUGAAUCAUAAAGCCAGCUCCACUAAAAAUAACUUAUCUAAAUCAACGGAAUCUAAACCUGAUCUAGCUCAAGAGGAGGUUAUAAAUAUAAUCAACAAAAUUCUCUCAGAUUUAGGCGAUGGAUGUGGAAAUCUUACAAUCAAAACGCACCUCAAUAAUAUUUGGAAGUCGGUUCAUUCUAUAGAAAAUGAUAUAGAGACUAAUUCAUCCAGCUCUGAUUCAGAAUCCACGGGUUCAGACUGGUAUGAUCUCGAUCCAAUAAAAUUCCGAAAGAAUCGUGUUCAUAUUAAAAAGAAAAAGGUUGACUCUCCUAUCCGAAAACAUCGUAAAAAAAAGCGUGUCAACUGUGUCCACAUUCCAGA